CUUGUGCAGCUGCGAAAGGCACACUAGCAUCGAUAAGAUUGGCUAUGUCUACUGAGAGUCAAUGUUCGAGAAAUGAUCUCAAGUCUAAACGAGAUCCCGUUGAAAAAGUGUACUUCGCCUUGUGUCAAGCUGCUCGGCCUGUAACGCUCGAGCAGAUUGCACCUCUGAUCGAACAAAAGUCGACAAGAAACAUCGCGUCACAUUUGGACACCCUCGCAAGCAAGGGAAAGGCAAGGAAAACGCAAGAUAACCCUUCAAUGUGGACUUGCAUGUCUGAACGCAAAUCAGCCGCUAAAAAGAAAUCUGCGUCAGUGACUGAUGUCGAAUUACCAAAGAGUGCCAUCAAUUCUCGACGUUUCAUGGAGGAUCAAGCUGCAAAGAAGUGUAUGACGUCACUAGCUCAACAACCUAGAGCAACCGGAAAACAAGCAAGUUUUCCAACAAGCGGCACUAGCCUCCCCGCAAUAAAAGGGAGUGCUAGCGACGUCGUCAUCGAUGGUUCAACACGAGUGGCAACGUUGCCGUACCAAUUUCUUGAGGCUGCUAGUUUGCUUCAGGUUGGUUCUCCCGCACUUCACCGAGGAUGGGAACGAUUUGCUGGCGAACUCGACUUUGAUAUUGAAAGCAUCUCGGCAUUUAGGCGCCACGAGAGUCCGGUAAAGGCUAUCAUUACAGAAUGGCAGAGCAAGAGCGCGGCCACGUUUGGGAAGUUUCUUGACGUAAUGAAACGCAUGGAUAGACAUGACGUCAUUGUUUCUAUGCAGGCUAAACUUGGCUCACAAAUGAGUCCAAAAUUGCUGAAUCAAAUCAAAUCGUUGGCUAGAAGAAUGCGACCUUGUCACUUCUAGACUUAGUAAUGCUGACGUCUAUACGACGUACAACUCUGCUACAUUUAUAGACCAUGCAAUAUAUAUAUACAUGCCUAGCUAGUCUAUUGUUGCUGUAUCAAGUCAAUUAAUUCUAAACACAA